AUGACAUAUUUUAAGAACUACAUCGUGCUUUUUGGUGGCUUUCAAGACACUUCUCAAAAUACAAAAUAUCUCGAUGAUCUCUGGCUCUAUGAUACUCAAAAUUUCAUCUGGCAUUGUCCAGCCCUUCCUAGCUCAACGCCAAAGCCCACUGCUCGCUCUUCAUUCUCUUUUCUUCCUCAUGAUGCAGGUGCUAUCUUAUUUGGAGGAUAUUCACGCACAAAAGCAACAUCUGGCGAUAAGCAAGGCGGAAAAGGCUCCAAACCGACCCAAAAAACUUUACUUAGACCAGUGGUCCAUCAGGAUUGCUUUUUUCUUCGGAUACAACAAGCAGGCCCGAACUCAAACGCAAAAGAUUCAUUGGUAGUUCGAUGGGAACGACGAAAAAAGCCCACAAAUGUACCAGAUCCAUCCAGAGCAGGUGCCACUAUGGCACACCACAGAGGUCGAGGAAUCAUGUUUGGCGGUGUGCAUGAUGUAGAAGAAAGUGAGGAAGGUAUUGAAAGUGAAUUUUUCAAUGGGUUAUUUGCUUGGAACAUUGAUAGAAAUCGGUUCUUUCCGCUUGCAAUACGCAAAGCUAGGGCAAAGCCAGCUAAACUUCGGGGUGACAAGCGAAAUAUGAGGAAAGGGCGAGGUGAGGCCGACGAAGAAGAUUUAUUGCGCAACCUGGCGGCUCUCCAGGCAGGAACACUAGCAAAUACCUCAGGAGACGAUGAAUCUGAUAAUGAGCUCUCCUUAGAGAAGCUACCCGAAAAAGAACUGCUCACAGAGUUACCGCACUCGCGCUUCAACGCUCAACUAGCAAUCCAGAACGAUAUUUUGUACAUGUAUGGUGGCACUUAUGAGAAGGGAGAUCGUGAAUUCACCUUCGAUGACAUGUACUCCAUUGAUUUAGUUAAACUGAACGGUGUUCGGCAAAUAUUUAAUCGCGAACCAGAAAACUGGAAUGCGAAGGAUAUGGACGAGAGCGAGGAUGAUUCCGAAGAUGAAACUGAAGAGGAGGAUAAUCUAGGAGAGGAUGAUGUACCUCUGAAUCAACCUUGUCAGACUGAAAGCGUGCAAAGUCCUGGGGUUUCUAAUGAAGAGGAGUCGCCCACGAGCACCGUGUUAGAAGAGACGGAUCAUAGCGUAAAUAACGGCCAGGACGACUCGCAAAUAUGUCCCCGGCCUUUUGAGUCACGUAGAGAUUUCUUUCAGCGAACUGGUACCGCUUGGCAGGAAGCUUUGAUGACAAAUCUUCGAUGGAAGGGAAUCCAACCCGAAUCGCUUACAGUUAAGGAGAUCAAAACAAAAGCAUUUGAGAUGAGCGAAGAAAAGUGGUGGGAUUGCAGAGAGGAAAUCAUGGAGUUGGAAGAUGCUCAGGAUGCCGCUGGUAUCGAGGAGACGAUAAACCUCUUAGAUAAAGCAGAGGGACUUGGGGGUGGUAGACGUAGGUAA